ACAGCUCCGUUUUAAUACGCGUCAUAAUGCUAUGGUAACAGCAUCUCGAUGACAUUGAUUGCUGGAUAAAUGAUUGGUUAGAAUACCUCACACUUUUGUGUCCGAUCAAGUGUCAUCUGUUUUCUUCAAUGAAAUAGGUAAUUAGUUUUGUUUACCCAUACAAUUUCUUAAUCGUCCUAUGCAAUAUCUGCGGCUGUCAAGGAUAAUAAUUUGACAUCUGUUUUGAUUUUAAACCCUUAACUUUAGAUUGGUUAGUUACUAUUAACUCUAUGAAUCAAUAAUCGGCAUUAAUAGGUAAAUGUCCUGAUAAAUGCAGACAGUAUGAUGUCGUAUCACACAGCUGCAUUAUUGUUUGGUUGCCGCGGCCCGUGAACUUUCAAAAUUUACUGUCGCUUCACUAGACCUAACCUGAACCCUAAAUUUAUCUCAACAUUUACCUUUAAAUUUAAAUGUAUCCCUAAACCUAACUUGAACCCUAAAUGCCUAAAUGUACCCCUAAACCUAAUCUGAACCCUAAAUGUAUCCCUAUAAUUUCAAAAAUUUUCUGCAUUAGCCCACUAAUCUAUUUUUUUUUUACCAGUAUUUUACUUUUUCAUUUUCACAAGCCCUGCACUUACCUCUAGGGGGCUAUUAAGUUAAAGACUAUUUGUUUAAAUAUAAAAAAACUACCAAUUGGCAAUUGGGGAUAGAUUGAUGUAGUGAAUGUAAUGCAGUACUAAGUCAAGUAAGUCUAAGUGUUGGCACUAUUGAUAUUCACUAUUUUUUUAUUAUUAUUAAAUCACUGAAAUCACUAUUCUUAUGACGAUGUAUUUUGCUAAAAAAAACAUGUACCGACAACAUUUAUUUUUUUGUCUAGUCUUGUAAAUUCACUUCAAUCGGAUUUUCAAGACUUAUUAACAUUACACUUAUUUUUCUUUCUUUGUAUAUAUUUUAUUUUAUGUAUCGCUGUUUAUGUUUUAAUAAGAUUCUGUGCAGUUUAAAACAUUGAUUCUACAUAGAAUUAAAAAAUAAAUUGUAAAUAGUGAUUCCUAGAUGUUAAAUUAAUUUGUGUUAUAGAUGCACAAUAUACCCAAUGAACAUAAACAUAUCAAUGCCUUUAUAAGUUAAAGAGGGCUCAAUUACUCAAUUGUGUAAAUAAUACUCAGUAGACCAAUUUCCCAAUGGAAAAUAAAUAACAAGGAGGGGUGGGGUUGUCAUGUGACCAUGUUCCUAAACAAAGAUUGGCCUAGGCCUAAACUUAUGUUAUCAUCUUUAAGCCUAAUCACGUUAUUGUACAGUUUCAUUUAACUUAAGUUACACAAUUGUUUUCAUAUGCAGCAGUAAAACUAUUCUUAUGGUUAUUAUAGACAUAAUAGAUAUAGCCUGCCAAACAUUGGUGACAGUGAUGAGUGAACUUCCCAUCUACUAAAGUUACUUGACAAAAAAUGAACUCAAGUAAUGCACAUUUAAGAAUCCCAAUUUUUGCUAUACCCCUUCCCUCCAUGAUACGUCACUACACACAUUUUAUCUUCUCAUGAACGCUUUAGCAUUAUAAAAAAAAUCAUUUAGUAUAGUUAUCGGGAAUUAUAUUUUGCACGCUAUUGAACUCGUUGUUGAACAAAUACUUUAUUUCAAAAAUAUAAAAUUAUUAGUAAUUUACUCUCAAUACAAAGUAUGCUGAAUAGGAAGCAGCCAGAAAUGGAAGCAGUCCACGAGUCACACCAGAAGCGUAAAAUUGGCCUAUAUUUUAAUUUAUAAUUUUAAUCGUAAUAAUUCGCACACAAAAAAUUUUUACAUCUGGAUUUUAUUUUUACUGCACACAUUACUUUUGCCUUGGCAAAAAAGAAUCUGGGUAACAUUUUUUUAGACUAUGACAGAUGAUCCCCUUCCCCCAGUAUCAUACAGCUAUCUAUGUUAAGUCUAUUUUAUAAAUUAUAAUUAUAUAGCAAUAUAGCCAAAUCUGAGCGGGAGGAAGGCUACAGCGCACAGUGUUAAAACAGUACUGUAGAUUUCAUAAUAAGUGCCGAGGCCGAGAUGUUGUCACUAGUAUGAACGGGUCAAUACUUUGCCAGCAUCAUUUGAAGGGUUUUUUAAAGCUCCAAUUAGGUUUGAUUUGAUUGGCUGGAGUAAAAAUAGCUCUUUAGAAGCUAUUGGUAGUUUACUUAAAAUAGCUCCCUAGAAGCUAUUGGAAGUAGGUUACCAAUUGACAUUUUCAAAAGUAUAUAAAUAUAUCAUAAUAUAUGAAUGAAUAUGAAAUAAUAUUAAUUAAUACGAUCUUGCUAAUCCUCUGAACCCAGGUCCAAAGUUCAAAGCAUUAAAAUCAUUUUGAAGGACCAGUUACUUUGAUUGUCAGUUUAAUAAUGUUUUUAUAAGAAAUCUUUUGUUUGAUAAGGGAGAAGCAGCUAGUCAAGACCAAGCUACUUAGACAUAGGACAACUUAGGGAGCUUUCACAACUUUGACAUCAUGCCAAUGCCAACUUCUUUCCUCUCCACUCUGAUAAGCAAAGGGGCCAUCUGACUAUUACGUCAAACAAAUGGCAAUCUGACUAUUACGUCAAACAAAUGACAAUCUAACUAUUACGUCAAACAAAUGACACUUAAGCAAUGUAACAUCACAUGAAAAGUGGAGUAUUAUAGUAAAAGAUUGCAUUUAAUAACAUUAAAUUACAUACAUUUUUAACCUUAUUCUUUUAUACAACAAUUAUAAUUAUUUUAUUUUUAAACUACAAUCACUGAGAGAAUCAGUACGGAUAUGCAAGGUUUGAAAAAAUGGCCUCUGAUUAAGUCACAGCAUGCCACGGAGGAGGAGAAAAUGGGUGUAGGAACAUUGACAGGGGAGAGAAUUUAUGUCAAAAUGUGGAGACGGGAGUCGUAGAAUUAGGACUACCAUUUGAAGUGGGAUGGAACGAAACAAAUGGUUGACCCAGAUGGAGCAUUGGGGGUGAUCUUAGUAAAUGCUCUAGGGAAGAGAUUCUUAACCUUUUUGCAGUGCUGCAGACCCACUCUGCUUUAAACACCCCCAAACCACCCACCCCCACACACCAUAUAAACAAUAUUGUUAUUCAAUGAAAAUAAUUUAAUAAUUUAGUUAUCGUAGUUUUAUUCAUUUAAUUAACUUUUAUAAAUAAGGAAAAAAACAACAAAAACAAGCAAUGCACAAAAGUAAUCACAAGAAAAACAUGUGCUGCUGCUAAUCAAAAUGCAUAAAAAUUGAUUUUUUUUAAAAAGCAGCAACAAAUAGCAAUGGCACCAGAUACAAUUUUCUGGUCUUCCACACAUCAGGGUUUGGGAGGUACUUUUACCCCUGGUUAAGAACCACUGUUCUAGUAAAAUGUUUCUGACACAACUGCAGUAAUUUGAUAUCCAUGGGAGGUGAAUUUCUAAGGGUUUGUAAAGGAGGAUAGCGGACAGAGGGAUUCUUUAUAGGGGGAGGGGUGCAGAGAUUUGUGAUAUUAUAUUUGAGGUUAACUUUUUGAGACGAUGGGGGGUAAAAAAUUGGCAAAAUUUGCGUGAGGUCAUUUACGGAUGGCCACAAACAAACGAGGAAACAGCAAGUUUCACCAUCAAAAGAACUUAGCUACAACUAGUAUUUAAAGGGGCAACAAAUUGUUCCACACUAUAUUAGUAUUUAACUUUAACCAUUUUCAGCAUUUCAGUUCUUUGGUUGGUGAAUUUUGAAUCUCAAACAUGUCUGUGAGAGAAGAAACAAAAAAGUAUUUACAAGAGCACAAAAUUCCACAGGUAUUGUAAAAACUGUAAUUGUAAUCUGAAUUCUUUUCUUUUUCAUGCUGUGUCAGUCUUAGUACCAUAGAUAAAGGUCGUUAGUAAAUUUGGAAGAGCAAACAAAUCCAGAAUCUCUUUGGCCAUAACCGCCUGACAGCUGAUUUUUAAUAUCACAUAAUUUUUUUUAAAAGCGGUUGUUUAUUUAUAUUUGAAAAUGCAUUACUAAUAAUAUAAGAGUAAACUUUUUUUUAAACAACCGACAUUUAUAAAUCUUAUUUGAGUUAAAGAUGGGAAAAGCUGGUGCUUUACUUACCCAGUGUAGGGUCUGCAACAUUUUUGAGUGAAGAAGCAUUUUAAUUAUAUCUACUGAGAAAAUGGUUUAAGAGCUGCAGGCCAUGGCCCAUUAUUUAAAUGGAAUUAACAAUUAGUUAAAAAUUGUAUGUUUAAUAAUAAUUAGAGCCAUAUUUAAUCAUGGUGGUUGCUGAGCUGACUUCUGCCCUAGCACAAACUCACAGUAACUUGAAUUUAGUUUGUUGCAUUACUGUGUGCCAACACUUAACUGAUCUAUAAUAAUGCUGUAAUAUUCACUAUAACAAUCCUUUUCAGCUCUUUCAAUCAUUGCUGAGCUCUUUAAUGUUGGAGCGCCCAGAAAAUCCAGUAGAAUACAUUGAGAACAAAAUGUGUCAAAUCAGAGACAUAGGACCAGAAAAUGUUAAAUGGGAGACUUUGGUAUCACAUCUACAUCCAUAUAGAAACAAUAUUAGAAGGCAAUAUAUUAGAGAUGGAAGUGUCUUUGACAAGGAGUUUUCAGAGCUUUUAGAUCAGGUGAGGAUCUAAAAGGGCAAGAUAUUACAUUUGAAUUUUUGUUUUUAAAUUCAAAUUUUAAAUGGAUUUAUUUAAAUAUUUCAUUUAACAAUUAUCCUUAACUACUUUCUUUACAAUAACUUCCUUUACUUUAGAAAACAUGUAUAUACAUUUGAAAACAUUCUAACUCCUUCAAAAUCCAUUUAUUGCUUUUUAUAAAGAAAUAGAAAAACAAGGUGAUGAAACCAGAUUUAGUGGCGUUGGUUAAAAAAUGCAUUUAUUGGGUAAAACCAUGUAGGAAAAAAUGAUUAAUUUUCGGAGAGAAUAGAGCAAAAUAUGUUGGUUCAUAUCAUAUCCACUUUCAAGUCAUAUGUGGAUGCCAUGUCUUGGCCAAUUAAACAUGGAUUGGAUGAUUAUACCGUAAAUUGAAAGGAAGCAAAUUAUUCAGAUUAAAAGAAUACAUUAAAAGAAUAAUUAAUUAUUGUUUUUUUUUUUAAUUAGUCCUACUUACCUUACUAGAAUCAAAUUUAGAAACAACAAACAUGAUUUGGGAACCAACCCAAAUUUAAAAAAGUAUGUGUUGUCCAUGGGAAAGCUACUCCGUUUUACAAAAAUUUGGAAGCAACCCAUACAUAAAAAUAAUCCUUUGUUUCUUUUUUCAGAUGGAGGACUUUGAGCAGAGAAAGAAAGAUCGCUUUGAAUUUAUAGCCAAGCAGAGAUACAAACCUGAGAUAUUCUCACUGACAGAAGCUCAUUCUUAGCAAUGGCUGUGGACUGGGGAAGCAUUUCUUGACAUGAAAAGACAAAGUGUAUAAAAACCGCUUGCUUGAUUCUUUUGCAAAAAGACAACUUGUAGUUUAUACAUUGGCAAAAGUAACAAUUGGAAGUGAAUGUUACCAGCCGAGAUGCAUGAUUUAACAAAGUUAUUAAUUUAUUUUCUUCACAUGCAGUCAACAUUUCAUGAAGAAAACUAACCCUUUUCUUUAGUUCCCUGUUUCACAGUUUUGUUAAGAUUUGUUUCACUGAAAUAGGCAAGAAUCUGUUUAAUGCAAUAAUACAAUUUAAAAACAAAACAUUUGCAUAUCCGUCAGCUUUUUCCAUUAAUGUCAUAUAUAAAAUGCUCAUUGUCUGUGGUGAUGUAUUUGAUUUGUUUGCCAUUGGUUGAAAUAGAAUUUCGAGUUACCUUUCGUGACAAAAAAAAAAUUCAAUUAUUUAUCUUAUGAAAUAAAUCUAAUGCAUCAUAAAUUAUGAAAUAGUACAUGUCAACUUAUUGAACUAUUUAAAUAUUAUGUUUCUAGCAACUGUGCUUACUUGUGUUUUAGAAGAUAUUUACAAAGGAAAUUGACAUAAAGCUUUAUUAAAACAUUUCUGGUUUUUCCUAUCUACCUUUAUCCAAUUAAUCUUUUUCUAAGUUUAAUAUAUUGGAAGAUGACUAUUCAUCAUUGUUUUAAUUUAUAUUUCCCUGUUUGUGAGCUAAAAAGACUUAUAGUACCGGUAACACUAUUUUUAGAUUCUUGCAAACAAAUAAGAAAUGAAAAGUCACAUUUCUAAAUCACACAACAUAUAUAUAUAAUUACACAAUUGUGAAAAAAUGUACAUAUUUGAAAGGAAACUGAAUUGUAAAUUAACCAAAAGUUUGUCUAUUUAGAUCUAAUAUAAAACAUUUGAAAUGUUAUAGAAUAUUACUAUUUCUGAAACGUUAAUAUUAAAAGAAAAGAGGAGGUUCAAUGUGCAUGCUUUUUAUAUAAAUUGUAUUCUGAUACAAGACACUUAGAAACAAUUUUAUUGUUUCUUAUUUUACAGAUGUUUUAGUUUUGUUUGAUUUCUAUAAUUUUGAUUUUGUAUAACUUCUCCAAUUUUUGAAAAACUAACCAAUAUUUUUGACAAGACAUUUCAGAAGAACAAUUUAAGACACUAAAGAAUAUUUUAUUAAAUUAAAAUAAACGGAAAUAAGCUGUUUUUUCCACCUUAAAUGAAACCCUAUAAUUAUAAUUAUUUUAUGACAUUUAAUUGAAACAAUUUUUUAUAGCCUUCAACCAAAGGCUGUUAAAAUAGUCCCCACUGCCUGCCCCCUAUCUCCUCAUUUUUUCUGCAUUUUUAAAAUGUUGAUUUUGAUAUCCAUUAUUUGCAGCAAUAGGUCUGAAAGCAUGAUUUUAACUUACUUAAUUAUUUUUAAAUUCUUAUAAUUAUUGUGUGGUUGAUUUGAGUGAACAAAUUAUGAAGAACUGAACAAUUAUGUAAUCAUGUAAUGUGUUCCUUAUAUAUCAGUGGUUGGGAUGGGCUCCUCUUUACACAUAGAGUUACAUCAUAAACUUACAGUAUUAAUACCGUUUUAGUUGCCUUCUGACAACAUUAACACUUGCACUGUUUGAAAAUGUUUUAUUGCUUAUGAAUACAUUAAUUUGAGCACAUGGUGAUCUAUGACUCUAUGCUUACACUGCAAUUUGUAAGAUGGAUCACAUGUGUCCAAAUAAAAAAAAUUUACCAGAAUUUUGUUUUGUUUUUAUUUUCAUAAAUAUUAAAAAAUCCAACUGAC